CGUUUUACAUGUCCUAACCUGCGUGUAGAUAUUCUAUAAUUUUUCUGAUUGAAACUCUUUUUGCUUGAUUUAUAUCUUGCCAGUCAGCUAACCUCUUUGGUUAAGGAAAUUUGGCAAAAAUCGUGAAUUUGGUAAUAUGGUAUAAAUCUGAUAUGCUAAUUAUCUGGCGAAUGGUAUUAUCUUGACUGGAUGAGUGUACCCACUCAGAAUCCACACUGGUAUAUUGAAUACUUUCUCGCUGUUGUCAUCUUUCCUUGCAAGGAUAAUAUAUGAGAGCUUCACUUUGCCAAACUUCCAAUAAUUUUCAAACAUUUGCCGGCCAAAUUGAAAAACCACCCCUCUACCUACGGCUUAAUCUAAUCUGAUAUCUCCCAUCUGUUUGUCCUUUAUGUAUCACCUUAUUCUCUUCAUUUUGUUCUCCAUUAAUAAAUGUCCACUUCUUCUCGAUUCUUCUAUAGCUUGCUCCAAGGUAGCUUCUCGACAAUGGGGAAUUCUAUUCAGAAAAACCCACUUUCGCUAUUUCUAAUUAUCUUCAUAUGCUUUUUCCUUCUUUUUUCUUUUGGUGAUACUACAGAUCAAAUCACUUCCUGUUUGACUCUUCAUAACAUCAAUAACUUCACCACGUUCCCAAACACACUAAAUGGCUCGGCAACCUACUAUAAAUUCCUCAACUUCUCCAUCCAAAACCUCCGUUUUGCUGAACCCACAGUUCCAAAACCAGUAGCUAUUCUACUUCCAGAGACUGUGGAUCAGCUAAUCAACGCUGUAUCAUGCUCUAGAAAAAAUUUCUUGAAAAUUGUAGUAAGAUGUGGUGGACACAGCUAUGAAGGGACUUCCUCUGUAUCCAAUGAUGGUUCUCCAUUCGUGAUCAUCGACAUGAUGAACCUGAAUCGAGUUUCGGUGGAUUUAGAAACCGAAACGGCGUGGGUUGAAGGAGGUGCAACGCUGGGUGAAACUUACUAUGCAAUUUCCAAAGCAAGCAGAGGUCACGGUUUCUCAGCCGGGUCUUGCCCGACUGUAGGAGUUGGUGGGCAUAUUGGUGGUGGUGGGUUUGGAUUGCUGUCAAGGAAAUAUGGCCUGGCGGCCGAUAACGUGGUGGAUGCUCAAAUUGUUGAUGCACAAGGGCGGUUCCUUGACAGACAAGGCAUGGGAGAGGAUGUGUUUUGGGCAAUUAGAGGAGGUGGAGGAGGUGUUUGGGGUAUUGUGUAUGCUUGGAAAAUCAAAUUGCUCAAAGUCCCAGAGAUCGUAACCGGUUUUAUAGUAUCUAGACCAGGUACAAAAGACCAUGUUGCUGAGCUUGUAACAAAGUGGCAGUACGUCGCACCUCACUUGGGUGGUGAUUUCUAUCUUUCUUGUUUUGUUGGUGCUGGGCUUCCUGAGAGAAAAACAACAAUUGGAAUUUCAGCUACUUUUAAAGGGUUUUAUCUGGGUUCUAAGAGCACUGCUAUCUCCAUCCUGAACCGGGUUUUUCCUGAGCUUGGUCCCAGAGAAGAAGAUUGCAAGGAAAUGAGUUGGAUCGAAUCGAUUCUGUUCUUCUCUGGCCUAACUGGUGGCUCUGUAGUCUCGGACUUGACAAAUCGGUAUCUGCAAGAGAAACACUUUUUCAAAGCCAAAUCAGAUUACGUACGGAACCCAAUUUCCUAUUCGAGUAUAAGGGUUGCAUUGGACAUAUUUGAGGAGGAGCCCAAAGGGUAUGUGAUUUUGGACCCUUAUGGUGGGGUUAUGAAUAAGAUAAGCAGUGAAUCUAUAGCUUUUCCUCACAGGAAAGGCAAUCUUUUUGCGAUCCAGUACCUAGUGGAGUGGCGAGAAAAAGAUAAUGAGAAAAGAGAGGCGUAUAUAGAUUGGAUUACAAAAUUGUAUAACUCAAUGACAGCUUUUGUUUCAGCCGGUCCAAGGGCUGCUUAUAUAAACUACAUGGAUUUUGAUCUUGGAGUUAUGGAGUUGCUUAAUGGUAGCCUUCCAAUCAUUGAUGCUGUGGAGAUUGCUAGAGUUUGGGGUGAGAAGUACUUCUUGAAUAACUACGAUAAGUUGGUCAGAGCUAAAACACUGAUAGAUCCUGACAACGUUUUCAGUAAUCAACAAGGAAUUCCACCGAAAUCAUUGGUCAUUCUAGAUGCAGAGAGAUAGUUGUGUGGGAUUUGCGAAAAGUUAAUUCGUGCAAUUAGUAACGAACAAAAUAUCUGUUUGCUCUACUUGUUAAAGUUGUGUCCAAAGGGGGAAAAAAAAAAAUUACUCGUUAACUUUUGUAAAGUCCAUGUGGAAUACUGGUAUCAACUCCAACCAUGGACUGUCACUAUGGAGGGUCUCUAAUUUUGGGAGUAAUUAUUUUAUUUAUUUUUUUUUUUUUAUAAGUUUUUGGUAUCAAAUGUGAAGGAUUCAGACACCUUGUCUGAGGAAAUAUUUUGUAGCUUUGCACGGAGUAAUUGUUUAAUAUGUAAUAUUCAAAGACAAUUUAAUGCAAAGCAGCAGAAAAAAAUAAAAAAAUAAAUAAAAAUUCUGAAUGGGCUUUCAAAAUGGGCCUAGUGG